UUACGCUCACCGGCGGUUUGCACACUAGAACGAACAAGGGACUGAGCCAGAGUCAACCUUAUCGCCAUUAUUGCCUUCACUGUUCAUUUUCGAAGUUUUCCAAUUAAUAUUUGUAAUUUUGUGGGAAAAAGAUUUGCACAGCGAUAGCUAACAACAUUCCCCUUCUCCUCCUCCACCCCUUGUUACCCAAUCAGCCCAAUCAGCCCUUUCUGGUUACUCUCUUUUGGCCAAGAUCGGAUCAGAUCUUUGUUAGCAGAAGUUCUUGAUCGAGAUCCGAUUUCCAGGAAGGUUCAUAAGCCGGAAAUUAUCCUAUUUAUCCUUCACUUGGUUGAAGUCCGUGGAAGGGCUGGCGUUUACUGCAGCUGUCGGUCGGAUUUCGAUGCUGUGUCCGUUAGGUUUUUGAGAUCGGAUUGGGGAUUCUCUGUUGCUGCGGAGUAGGAAGCUGCUUGGUCCAUGGCUGACGGCCGUCGUUUGGGGUUGACACCUCAGUUAGAUAUUGAGCAAAUACUUCGGGAAGCACAACAUCGAUGGCUACGCCCUGCAGAAAUUUGUGAAAUUUUACGAAAUUAUCAUAAAUUCCGCAUUGCACCGGAGCCUCCAAAUAGACCUUCUAACGGUUCACUCUUUCUGUUUGAUAGAAAGGUUUUAAGAUACUUUCGAAAGGAUGGACAUAAUUGGAGGAAGAAGAAGGAUGGAAAGACAGUGAAGGAAGCUCAUGAGAAAUUAAAAGCUGGGAGUGUAGAUGUUUUGCAUUGCUAUUAUGCUCAUGGCGAAGACAAUGAGAACUUUCAGAGGAGAAGUUACUGGAUGUUGGAAGAGGAAUUAAUGCACAUUGUCCUUGUUCACUACCGUGAAGUUAAGGGUGGCAAAGCAAGCUAUCUUCAGCAAAGAGAGGAUGGGGAAUCUAUUAGGAACUCAAAUCCUGAUAGCCCUGCAUGUUCUAAUUCCUCUGUUAAUCUAAGCCAAGUUCCUUCACAAAUUUCAGAUUAUGGAAGCCCUAAUAGCACACAUCAAUCAGAAUAUGAGGAUGCUGAUUCAGCAGAUAAUUACCAAUCAAGCACCAGAUACCACUCUGUCCCUGAGGUGCAGCAGUAUGGAUCUUGGAUGAAUGUUCAACUUUCAGAUACUCGUGUGCCAGCUCCAACACGACAUGACCAAUGUGACCAUCAGAGACCACAGGCUGCAAUUCCUAAUUUGGAUUCUUUCACCAUUGCUCGAGAUAGUAUGACCAAAAUUGAGAAUCCCUCUGACGUAGGAUUAACAUUUACUAGAUCGAAUACGAAGACCGAUAUUGCAUCUUGGCAUGAUAUGAUGGAAAGUUGUCCCGCUGGGUUCCAGACACCUUAUGAUUUAUCUGUUCCGUCCUCAUGGGCUGCUACUUUCGAGGAUAAUCUUGAACGAAAUUCUUUUAUGAUUCAGGAUUUUUUGGCAGGUGACUUCGGAACUCAUAAGGAGGAUGGCACGGCAUUAGCAAGCAACAUAAUGUGGCAGUUUUCUGCUAAUGAGUCUGACUCUCUUGUGGAAAAUAGCCAAGCUACAGAAGAAAAUGUCAACCAAAUGUCAGACCUAUCUAACAAAGAACAUGAAGGACUGAAAAAAUAUGAUAGCUUCUCCAGAUGGAUGAGCAAAGAACUCGGAGAAGUGGAUGACUCACAGAUUAAUUCAAAUUCUGGAAUAUAUUGGAGUUCGCUCGAGAGCGAAAGUGUUGUUGCAGAGUCUAACUUGUUGAACCAAGAACAGUCGGAUACCUAUUUGAUGGGUCCGUUGCUAUCACAGGAGCAGCUUUUUAGCAUAAUUGAUUUCUCUCCAAAUUGGGCCUACACGGAUCUCGUCACUAAGGUAAUAGUUAAGGGAAAGUUUUUGAUGAAUGAAGAGGAUUUGCAAAAAUACAAAUGGUCAUGUAUGUUUGGUGAAAUUGAAGUAGCAGCAAAUAUUUUGGCAAAUGGAACUUUGUCUUGCUAUACUCCACCCCACAAGUCUGGAAGGGUUCCUUUCUAUAUCACCUGCUCAAACAGAGUGGCUUGUAGUGAGAUACGAGAAUUCGAGUAUAAAAAAGAUCUGUCACGAAGUGUAGGGAUCGACGAUCUUUCUAACUCGAUACUGCAGUCUCGUUUUGAAAAGUUGCUGUUGUUAGAUUCCAUGGAUUACUCAAUCCCUGCUUGCAGCCACCUCAACGAGAGAUCUCAUGCGGACUGUACUAUUUGUUCACUGAUUAUGGAAGUGGAUGAUGAAACUAUCAACUUAUUCAAGCACGAUGAAGACUUUUUGCAUGUUGGUAUGAAGAACGAAGAUAUUGUAUCACAAUUGAAGCAGAAAUUACGUGUUUGGCUUCUUCAUAAAGUAGGGGAGGGUGACGGUAAGGGUCCGAAUGUCUUGGACGAGGAGGGACAGGGUGUGCUUCAUUUAGCAGCCGCCCUUGGUUAUGAUUGGGCCAUAAAACCGACUGUAGCCGCUGGUGUAAAUAUUAAUUUCAGAGAUGUUCAUGGCUGGACUGCCAUGCACUGGGCAGCCUCUUGCGGAAGAGAGAGGACGGUCGUCACUCUUAUCGCAUUAGAUGCGUCCCCUGGAGCACUAACAGAUCCAACCCCUGAGUUCCCUACCGGAAGAACUCCCGCAGAUUUAGCCUCUCGGAAUGGUCACAAGGGGAUUGCGGGUUUUCUGGCUGAGUCCUCUCUGACUAACCAUCUUCGAGCAUUGAAUUUGAAAGGCACCGAAAAGCAUAAUUUGUCUAAACCUGACAGUUUAUUGGGCUUCGAAAACCUUCCAGAUAGGAUUAAUGCUAAUCUUACAGAUGGAGAGAUACAAACUUCACUUCGUGCCGUUCGUAACGCAACUGAAGCUGCUGCACGAAUAUUUCAGGUUUUUAGAGUGCAGUCUUUCAACAGAAAGCAAAUCAUCAAGCAGAGUGACGAAAAAUUUGGGAUGUCUGAGGACCGUGCUCUCUCACUAAUUUCUGUAAAGCCUUAUAAAUCAGAGCAACACAAUAUGCCUUUUCACGCUGCGGCAAUUAAAAUACAGAACAAAUUUCGAGGAUGGAAAGGGAGGAAGGAGUUUUUGAUUACUCGGCAGCGGAUUGUGAAAAUCCAGGCCCAUGUCCGCGGCCACCAAGUGAGGAAACACUACAAGAAGAUCAUCUGGUCCGUCGGCAUCGUCGAGAAAGUCAUAUUACGAUGGAGGAGAAAAGGGAGCGGAUUACGCGGCUUUCGACCCGAAGGGCUAAUAGAGGGCCCAAAGGAUCAAACCAUACCCAAGAAGGAAGACGACGAUGAUUUCCUGCGAGAGGGCAGGAGACAGACCGAGGUGAGAAUGGAGAAAGCUCUCGCGAGGGUGAAGUCUAUGGUUCAGUAUCCUGAGGCACGAGAUCAGUAUAGGAGACUUGUAACCGUGGUCACACAACUUCAAGAAUCUAAGUUGCUGCCCGCCGACGAUCGAAACGAAACAGCCGGACCAUCUGAUGCUGAUUUCAUGACGGAGCUCGAAGGAUUGAUCGGUGAUUGCGACGUAAUCCCAUUUAGAUCGUAACGGUUUGACUCCCGUUGACUCGCAGUUUAGCUAAUUCUCUGGUUCGUUCAGCUGCGUUAUUGUAGAUUAUAUAUUAGAUAUUGCUUGAUAUCCCCGUAUCUUUUGCUCAUGUUUAAUGCUAUUUGCAUCUUGGGAGUAAUAUUAUUAGAAGUAUUUAGGGACCGGACUUGUUUUUGUAUAUAUAGAAGGUUCAAUUCUGGUUGGUUAUCUGUCA